AUUCCAUAGGCGUCCCAUAGGGGAUUCCCUGGGGAUGUAUGGAUUCCAUAGCCGUCCCAUAGGGGAUUCCCUGGGGACGAGCGGGGUCCCAUAGAGGGUCCGUCCGGCGUGGGUGUGGGGCCCGGGGGGGCGCUGACGUGGGGGCCCCCCGCAGGGGCGGCAGCGCGGUCGCCAUGUACAAUGGGAUCGGGCUGCCGACGCCGCGGGGCAGCGGCACCAACGGCUACGUGCAGCGCAACCUGUCGGCCCUGCGGCACAAGAGGGAGCGAGCCGAGCCCCGCGCCGACGAAGAGCUGCGCCGUGCCGACGCCGCCGCGCUGCCCAAGCGGCCCAACAGAGACAUCCUGGACCACGAACGGAAGCGCAAAGUCGAGCUGAAAUGCCUCGAGCUCUCCGAGCUCAUGGAGGAGCAGGGGUGAGCGACGCGGGACAGGCAGCCUCGGAUCCCUCUGGGCGUUGGGCUGGGCCUGAGUCGGGGGGUGGG